AUGAGGCCGACCAUCUGUGAAGAAUAUAUGACGAAGACCCUUGAUGAGCUGGUCUCGUUUCUCAAAGUUGAACAUGAUUUCAGCGUAAAGCUGGGCACCUGGGGAUGCGGGAAGUAUAAUAAUAAUCCCAAGGGUCUCAAAGACGAACAAAGCGACGUGGACUCCGACCUGGACGAUGAAGAACUCGAUACAGACGACGGUCACUUCAACGAGGUUACCGACGCAUUAGAGCUCACAUCCUGUUUCGAGGCUGGCUCCUACGCGUACGAUCAAGUCAAUCGAAACAUCCAAGCAGCGACUGCAAUUUUCGCUGCUGGCGGCGGUUGUGGUGGGUUAGCUUGGACCGCAUAUAAAGACGGUUAUCUCAACACUAAGGGGCAUGCAAACCUUCUUGUGGCCCUAUGUCGAUCAGCCGAGACGGAACAACAAUUUCAGGAAGCGUUGGAUGUACUGGGGCCACACAAGCUUCAGUCGGGCGAUCAACGUAUCCUGAUGUAUGUCCACGUCUUGGAAAGCAUGAAUGAUGAGAGAUGUAGGAACGACAAAUUCCAACUGGAAGGUCCUAUGGCAAGAAACGUCGCCGACGCCGUUUCUUCAAUCCUCGAUAGGUCUGGGAAAGGCUUUAUGCUCAAGGCAGAUGGCACUGUUGAUCUUUUUGCUUUCCAUUUGCUAGACGUCAUCUACGAGCGCUAUUCGGCGUGUCUCGAUAAGUCGCAAGAAGACAAGCUCCGAAUCCUCCUGGACUGCCUGGAAGGCUGGGUCCUCUCGCGAGGCAAGAACGGGGCGACGACGUCUACGGCUCUCGAUACACUCAGGGAGUGCGUGCAGUGGUGCAGCCAGAGGCUCGAGGAAGUCUGCACAGAUUUCGCCCAGACAAAACAGACAAGACGGCCCAAGCUCCGCUUUCCCCACAGCCAGGAUGAUUUGAUAUGGAAGGAGCACCUUGAAGUGUAUGGAACUCUAUGGUAUAGACUGACUUUGCAGCAAGAAGCUGAAAAGGUCGAGGAGGGCGUCAAAAAAGCAGGAGAAGAAGACGGCGCUGGCUGGCUUGGAUGGGCCUGCGAUGCCAGGAACGAUCUCGGCAUUUCGCACGCGGAGGUGCUCUCGUACGUGUGCUGGGUCCUCGUGAACUACGAAGAAAACAGCAUCACCGGGCACGGUACGGGAACCGUUGACAUGACGACGACGGCGAACGGGUAUUAUGGCGGAUCGGCGGGGAACGAGUACAACGAGUCGUCCGCGGAGAGCUUGUUCCUUCGAGUCAAGGCCGCCGCCAAUGUGAUGAACGGAGCCGAGCCUAGGAUCUUGUGGCAUAGGUUCCUGUAUGCCUUCAAGGAUUUCAACGACCUUACGGGCGGGAACGAUGAGUUUGGGGACGUCGCGGCGAGGGCGGCGGAGUAUAAGCGUUUCAGGGGAGGGAUCGUGGCCGAGUUUGCGAGCUUUGUGAGGGAAGCUCUGAGUGAAUUUGAGAUUAGCCUUUUAGAUUUAUAA